AGCAGGGUGGUUCAGUCAGUCAGUCGAGCGAGCGAGCGGGCGAACGAGUGAGUUCUUUAAAGAUGGCCGGAGCGGCGGCGGCGACGACGACGGCAACAACGACCGCGGCGGCGGCGGCGGCCACCACCGCCGCGACCAGCGCGACCCCCGUGUAUUGUGUGUGCCGGGAGCCUUACGAUGUGAGCCGCUUCAUGAUCGAGUGCGACAUAUGCAAGGACUGGUUCCACGGCAGUUGUGUCAGAGUGGAAGAGCACCAUGCUGUUGACAUUGAUGUGUACCACUGUCCCAAUUGUGCGGUUCUUCAUGGACCUUCUUUAAUGAAGAAGAGAAGGAACUGGCAUAGACAUGACUAUACAGAAUUUGAUGAUGGUUCCAAGCCAGUUCAAGCUGGAACACGAACAUUUAUUAAACAGCUACGUGCUCGUUCAUUCCCAAGUGCUGAUGAAAUCAUUUUGAAAAUGCAUGGUAGCCAAUUGACUCAAAGAUACCUGGAGAAGCAUGGGUUUGAUGUUCCCAUUAUGAUUCCUAAAUUAGAUGGCUUAGGUCUUCGUCUUCCACCCUCUACUUUUUCUGUUCUUGAUGUGGAACGAUAUGUAGGUGGCGAUAAAGUGAUAGAUGUUAUUGAUGUGGCAAGACAAGCAGACAGUAAAAUGAAGCUCCAUAAUUAUGUUAAGUACUUCACAAACUCUGAAAGACCAAAAGUAUUAAAUGUGAUCAGCCUAGAAUUUUCAGAUACAAAGAUGUCUGAAUUAGUGGAAGUCCCUGAAAUUGCCAGAAAACUUUCAUGGGUGGAAAAUUACUGGCCAGAUGACUCAGUCUUUCCUAAGCCAUUCGUUCAAAAGUAUUGCUUAAUGGGAGUUCAAGAUAGCUACACAGAUUUUCAUAUUGAUUUUGGGGGCACUUCUGUCUGGUAUCAUGUUCUCUGGGGAGAGAAGAUCUUCUACUUGAUCAAACCUACUAAUGAAAACCUUGCAAUUUAUGAAUCCUGGAGUUCGUCUGUCACCCAGAGUGAGGUGUACUUUGGAGAUAAAGUUGACAAGUGUUACAAAUGUGUUGUGAAGCAAGGACAUACCUUAUUUGUUCCAACAGGCUGGAUUCAUGCUGUGCUCACUUCUCAGGAUUGUAUGGCUUUUGGAGGGAACUUUUUGCACAACCUCAAUAUUGGCAUGCAGCUCAGGUGUUAUGAAAUGGAGAAAAGGCUAAAAACCCCAGAUCUUUUCAAAUUUCCUUUCUUUGAAGCCAUCUGUUGGUUUGUGGCCAAAAACUUACUGGAAACAUUGAAAGAGCUGAGAGAAGAUGGUUUUCAGCCCCAAACCUUCUUGAUACAAGGAGUAAAAGCUUUACUUAGUGCAUUAAAGUUAUGGAUGAAAAAAGAUCUUGUAACAGAACAUGCUUUUGAAAUUCCGGACAAUAUUAGGCCUGGACAGCUUAUUAAAGAACUCUCUAAAGUGAUUCGUUCUGUAGAGGAAGAGAACAGCAAACCAGUUAAAACUCAGGGAAUUAGUGUGUGCCAAGUUUCACGAUCAUCAAAUGAAUCGGCCUCCGCUCAUCAUUCCAGACGAAAAGCAAGGAAGCUACGAGACCAUGCCAUCAAAACGCCUACCAAUUUGGACAUCCUGGAACUCCAUACAAAGGAAGUUCUCAAAAGAGUGGAGAUGUCCCCAUGGGAAGAGGACACAGCAAAUUAUAAAUUAAAUGGAAGAUUUAACAAGCCUCUUCAGCCGUCUUCCACUGUUCCUGAAUGGAGACCGAAGGACAAUGAUUUACGGCUUUUGCUGUCAAAUGGAAGAAUAAUUAGGUUAUUUUGUGACAGAGAUGAGAGGCACCCCUUUAGAGAUCCAAGCCUUUACACUGCAGACAGUGAAGAUGAGGAUGACAGGAUGCAGUCAGAGAAGCAAAGAAGUGUUAAGACAGAAGAUCAGAACUCCCAGGAAGCAGAUGGCAGUGCAGAGAAGCAGAAACCACUGAAUAUGUUCUUCGAAAGUGUGAAAUCAGAACUCAGGAAUGGAAACUCAGAAUACUCUGAUAUUUCUGAUUCAGAAGAAUCUGAGCCUGAUUGCACUAACCAGCAAAAGGAUUCCUCUCUAGAGGAGUCAGAAAGCUCAGGUGAUGAGAAACAGGAAGUAACUUCAAAUGUUAAAGAGGAAUCUAAAGUAAAAAAUUACCUCUUUCAAACCACAAAGAAGCCAUCUAGAAAUGAAACUGCAAGUAAAAGGGAAUGUCCUACCUCGACUAGUACGGAGGAAGAAGCUAUUCAGGGCAUGCUUUCUAUGGCAGGAUUGCACUAUACCACUUGUUUACCAGAUCAUACACAGAGCACAGACUGCACUAGUAGAAGAAUCUCUCUUCAGGAACACAAGAACUAUCCCAAAAGUAGGCAUAAAGACAAGAUGUGUUCCCAAAGUCAUAAAGCAGAAUGUGGUAAGCACAUAAAAGAAGGAAAGGAUGCAGGAGUUUCAACGUUAGCUGUAACGUUACAUGCAGUUACUAAAGUAAAUCCUCAGGAUACAAGUAAAACUCAGAAAUACAUUAAGAAGGAAAGUGCAUCUGAGGCCAGUUACAGAAUUCAAGAAAACAGGAGUAACUUACAAAAUAAUGGUUUGAGCUUCCCACAUGGCAAAUGUAUGCAGGACUGUACCUUGACUGAAGGGGAGUGCAGGCUAAGUGAUGGCAGCCUCAGCCCUGACAGGCCAUAUGGUGAAACAUCGUUGUCUGUACCUCUCCAUCCAACCAAGAGGCCAGCAUCAAAUCCACCCCCUAUUAGCAACCAGGCAACAAAAGGCAAGCGUCCAAAGAAAGGAAUGGCAACUGCCAAACAGCGUCUUGGGAAGAUUCUAAAGCUGAACCGAAAUGGCCAUGCACGCUUCUUUGUUUGAUGCAGUAUCUGCUUCCACUGCUGCUGACCUUUUUGUACACAGACCAGUAUUUGAGGGUAACAGUGCCUGGAGCUUCUGUUCUAUUCAUCUGCUUGAAGCAGAAUGCAUGUACCUUAUUAGAACACUGCCUGAUGAACAAAACCUGAAUGCUGCAUUUUCACUGUGCCACACCUGCUCAGCAAUAACCAUUUGAGAAACAGGGGAAUAUUCAGAAAGACUGGAUUGGGAGAUGAUUUUUUUUCAGGGCUCAAUCAUUUUGUUGUUUUUGGUAGUGUCUGAGCUUAUUCAUGAACAAAAGAGUGUGAUGAAGGUGGUUAUCAAUAAUUUAUUUGACAGAUUUUGGCAACUAUUGAAUUCAUUUUUAAACUAUUUAUUUAGAAAGCAUUUUGUGGGAUUAUGAUUUAAUUUUAGAUAUUAAGAAUGUGAAGGCUUUUAUUUGUCCUUAAUGUCUGUCUGUCUGCCUGACUGUCUUGUCUGUCUGUAUGCAGUGGAGAGCCACUUGAAUGAUUUAUUCUGGAUUCAUGCAUUUGAUUUACAGGUUAUAGUCUUAAAGCAUGGAUGUGAUGCAUUAAGUUAAGGCACAUGAAAUCACAUGUUAAUGUCUGAUCUUUGUGUAAGGUCAUGGAUAGUUUUUCUACUGACUUCUGAAGUAUGUAUUCUCUGCCAGUUUACCUUUUCCUUUCCUUUUAUCCCUGUUCCUGCCUCUUCCUCAUCUCCUGUGUCCCCAUAUUUAUUCUGGAUCAUAAACUGGUGUAACAUUAGCGACAGCUUUUCCUUGUAUAUGUGAUCCUUCCACCUUACUUGUUUCCAUGUCAUGGAGAAGAACCCAUGCAAAGCAUGGGUAGCAGUACACCAAGGAUAGCACUACAGCUAUUGAUUUAAGUGUAGGCACUUAAAUGCAUUUUGUGAAAAAAUGCUGUUAUGGUGGCAGUUUUGCCUGAUUGUCUACACGUCAGCCAAUUAAAGGUCUUAAGUCAUUUUUGUAUAUAUGUAUAUGUGUUUGAUAGCUUGUCAAAUCUUGAAAUGACUAUUUUGCGUCAUGCUUUGCAAAGAUCUGGUAGUAAAAGCCAAUUCUAAAAUGCAUGUAAAUAACUUAGAUGAUAAAUUUGUAUUUUUGUAAUAUAAAAUUGAAUAUUUAAGCUCUUUUUGGAGGAAAAGUGGGAGGCACCUAUAUUACUACUUUGGUAAGAGGGCUAUUCAAUACUAAAGUGGGAAUAUUAGGGAUACUGCUUUGGUGUUUUUUUUUUCCUGUUGAUCAAGAGUUAAAGCAUGGCCAAAGCUACUCAGUUGCUUGACUUCAAUAAAAUCUUCCCAGCCUUCAGGUUAUAUCUAAAAUAAAAUACCUAGAAGUCCAAAAAUAGGACUUUUCUUUGCUUAAACCAUUUUAAAUAUUCAGUAUUUGCUGCAUUUGUGUAUGUGUAUUUGUAUUAAACUAUACAUUAUGUCCUUGUCACAUAUCAGAAUAGUCAGGCUUUCUUGGCUACUGCAGUUGUAAAGACUUGGACAGAUUUCUCAGUGGAAGGCUGUAGUCCUUAACAAUAUUGCCACUUAAGCCAAUUUAACUCAAUAGAACUUAACAGUGCAUAACUAUGUGUAGGAAGACAGCCAAACAAACAAACAAGCUAGCAAUCUUAAGUUGGAAGCAAGUUCCAUUGAAAUCAGUGGGGCAGACUUCUGGUUAAAUAUGAUUAGGAUUGGAGUGGAAAUGUAAAAAAUCAUUCAGAUAACAAGUUUGUGACAUGGCCUAGGUUUUGAAAAUUAUCAUACAGUUUUUAUUCAUCCUCUUUUCCCCUCGUUUUUUCUCAGCAUAUGUGUGUCAAAAUUUAGGAAAAACAAAACUGGAUAACCUGCAUGUUAUCGUUAUAGGUAGAGCUGAUAACAGAGAAAAUACCAUAUUAGUUUUUAGAAGCAACUGUGAUUAUUAAGUAAAUCCAGACCAACACACUUUUCAGUACUGAUAAAAGAAAGUGAUCCUUUGAUCAGUCAGUAUAUCUUUUAAUUGAGCCAUAGUACAUUUAAGUACAAAUACUAAUUUGUAUUGUGUGUUCUCUAUAUCAUUCUAAAGUAUGUUUAGUGAACAUUUUGAAAUAGGUGUAAAAAACAGUUCCGAACACUUCCAGGUUUUGAAGCUUUGGUUCAUUUCUAGUAGUAAGCCAUAUACCUUAAAGGAAUUCCUUGUUUGCUUAAAAAAGAGGAAUAAAACAGCUUAAAUAGAGAAAACCAAUCAACUAUUCAUGUAUUAAAAAUAAAAUCAUUGUUGCUAGACCGUAGUAGCUAACUGGUCUCAUAACUGAUCUAGUUUGUCUAAGCAUCUUAAUAAAAUGUAUAGCUAUGGGCAUAUUGAGGAGCAGGUGAUGAAGGUGGAGAAGGAGGGAAGGUUUUGGUUAAAACCAUCUUUGAUUGGGUGUUUCCACUUACUUUACUCAUUCUCUUCUCCCACCUCAUCCCCCUAACUGCUGCUCUCAUCCCAUGGUUCUUCGUUGCUAUGUGCAUACAAACAUCUCUUCAUAGUCUACCAAAAUGAAUACACUACCUGAAAACAUUUUUUUUUUUUUUUGGCUUUCUGUGGCUUUCAAACGGAAGCAAAUGCCUUUCUGUCAGCACUUCAGUAUGCAUUUAACUGAAAUACAGCUUUGAAUUAGGCUGGAAUUUUGAGAAAGUUUGCAGGCUUAUUUUUGCAUUUCAUGUUCCUUUGAAAUUUGGCAACAACUGUUUUAGUAGCUUGAAGAAGCAAAAUAUUUAUUGUGGUAGUUGAAUGGACAGACUUGUUUGUAUGCUAUUAACUAACUUGGUAGAAAUCCCUGUUGCCCAAGACUUUUCAAAUGUAUUAGACUUUCUGCAUUAGAUGCUGUGGCAGCCCUGUUUUAGUUCACUUUCUAGAGAGAGAAGCAGUGCUAAAGCCAUAUUUGGCAGAAGGUGACUAUGUCCUCAGUAGAAUCACACUUUCAAAAAGGAAAUGUUUUUAAAUAAUUGGAAAUUCAGCUGCAAGCUGGAGUUAUGGACCUGUUCUCUCCUGAGCGGGCAGAGUGAGAAAGUAACAUGAAAUGUUUGAGAUUUGCUGAUGAGAGAUGGAAAACAGGGCAUCAGUUCUUGGUUUAAGCAGCAGCAUCUCCAGCAGCAAGUCUCUUUUCUUUCUACAAUACUUACUAAUAAAUCCAAGCUACAAAGUAGCCUCAAAUAACCUCUGUGGUAGAUUACCUAUGCAAUCAGAAAUACUGACAUAUGAUCAUUCUCAAACCAUUUCAGGAAGGUGGAACAAGAAGACCUUCCUUUUCAGCCACAAUUUUGUCACAGCUGAAGUGCUUAUAUUAAUGUUCUUCAGGUUAAGAGCACAGUGUCAUGAUCACAUUAAAGAAUUUUUAGUUCACCUAAGCUUUUAACACACCACAGACUGCCUUCAUCCACCAAGAUGUGUAGUCAUUACACUCAGUGAUCUUGUAGGACUCAAAGCAACCCUGCCCUGAUUCAGUAAUUUGCUAACAUUAUAACUGGUACCUUGGAGAAACUGAGGAGGCCUAAUCCUUUGCAUAGUGACUCUCUUAACCCGCAAUCUCUGUGCCACCAAAAAGAAAAAAAAACUCAAAAAAAUCUUAGUUUGUAAUAGCUUAAAUGCAUACUUCCAGACCAUUAAAACUGUUUGUGAUCCUGGACCUAAGCAAACCCAGGGCAACAUUAUUUUGUGGAAGAAAUAUGAACUGAAUUUAAGGGCCUUACUGUUUGUAGUUUAAGGGUGUAAUCCUAGCAAUUCUGCCAUCAGUGCUUCCAAGCCCAUAAGUCUGAGGCUUACGACAUCCAAUGCAGAGAGGGAGAAGUAGCCUCUCCCUGUGCAACUCAGCAAGAUGGCCAACUUCAGCCAAGUAGCUGCAGUGCUUCAGAAAGGGAGGAAAAGAAGCGGGAGCACCAUCAAAUCCCCCUUCUCUGCUGGUGAACCACCCCAUUUACCCUGUCUCCAAGGUUGAUUUUCUGACCUCAGAGAAGCAGCCAACAUGGUUCUUUCCAUGAGGCAGGGUGGGAGGGGAUGAAUCCCAGACUCUGAGGUCACAGCUCUGGUUUCAGCCUCAGAUCUGGGAACCUGAAGUAUCCUAUGCAUCCCAACACUGUCCGAGGACCAUAGGAUUGCUCUCUAAACUGGAUUAAAAGCUGCAACAUUGGUACUUCCAAAAAAGGCAAAGAUGUGUACAAAAUAAGUGAAUUGUGCAGUACUGAGUAGGAAUAAGACUAGCACUGAUUGGGGAAUGUAGCUGUUGCUAAAGCUGCAUUUCUGCCUGGAAAAGGACUUUGAUAAAUUUUUAAGCCAUAAUAGUUUCUUGCAGUGGGAAGGGAAUGAAAGAGAUCACUUUAAGAGAUUAUAUUAUUAUGAAUUAUCACUUCUGCUGGGAAAAGUUUAACUUUGCCAGUGCUUUGGCAUUUUUUGGGAUAUUCAUUACAUUUGGGAAAAAGGGGGAUAGGUCUUGGCUAUAUUUACUAGUUUUGUAGUAGUGUUUUGCUGAUGUGUCUCUUCCCCCACACCUUUUUCUACUGUCAGUCUAAUUUCUAACCUUUUUGAAUGUUUGUGAACUAGCUGUCUUUCUGAAUAAGGAUUUGUGUGUCCUCUGCUCCUUUUUACGGAAACACACUACUGCGUGGAGUGUUUAGGCUGGGAAAUGAGAUGCUGCAGCUUUAAGAGCAUUUUUUUUCCAAUUUAUAACAGUGUUUCCCAACCCAUUUUUGCCUGCAGGCAGGGAAAGUGUAUGUACAGUAUUUAUUUUGUUUUGAUUUUACUUUGAAAUGUGUAAGUUUCUAUAAGUAGCUUACGGAUUUACUGUUUGGGAGGAUGUGGCUUGUUUAAAUUUGUAUUUGACCAUAGUUUUCACUUUCUGUACUUUAAAUACUGAAAUUAAAAUCUGUAUUACUUAUGUUUUUGA